UAGUUAAUUGGGAUUAGUAGUCAUCAAUCAAUUGGUGUCCGACAACAACAACAAUGUGUGAUAUAGUACUCAACGAUUUGUUGGACGAGUUAUCCGAAGACAAUCGCCGAUUGCGACAAGAGUUGACAUUUCAGACACAAUUGGUGAAUGUCUUAGACGAUUAUCGGCGGCUGACGAUGACUGCCAAAACACGAUGUGUUUGUCCGCAAAAUCGCCAGACAUUUGCCGAUACGAAUCAAUUGGACAUCAAAUACAAGCAGUUGAUGUCCGGCGCCAAUAAAUCGCAAGAUGUUGUGAUAGUGGCCAACGAUAUUGUCGAAGAAGGAGAACAAGUGGUGCUAAGAAAAUCUACACAAGAAGUGAUUAGACGACCGCCGGUGACGACCACAUCAUCAACAACGACAACGAAGACAACUGAGGUUGAAAUGAGUAGUUCAAUGAAAAGGCGCAAAACAACUGAUGACGACUUUGUCGAAGUCAUCGAAACUGAUCCAAAAGUUGUUAACCACAACAACAACAACAGCAAUGAAAAUUGUGCCAACAAUACAAAUCGUAAGACAUAUCACUGCCUACAAUGCCAACAACAGUACGGAUCACCACUUGAUCUCAAUAUACACAUCAACAGUAUUCACAAAUCGUUACAGACGUUUGUUUGCCACGAAUGCAAACAAUUGUUCCAAACGUACGACCAAUUGGCCCAACAUUUGAAUACAAGUCAUUCAAAUCGAUUACUAUCACCUCAGAAGCCGUCGCCGCCGAUAAGUUUGCCUUCAAUGCAGUCACCUAUAGUCCAGAUUUUAAUACCAAAUCAGAUACCGAUUGGCCAGUUGUCAGCUUCAUCGUCGUCAUCAUCAUCAACAACUAUAACAACAACAUCAUCAUCGGUGAUAGCGCCAGAAAAAGUGUUAGUCAACGCCCGCAGGUAUCAGUGCCCGGAAUGUUCGCAAAUUGCAGAUUCGGAGGCCAUAUUAGGCCAGCAUUUGUUGGCCGCACAUAAAAAACUAUUGGCCUAUCGUUGCAACGAUUGUUUCGAAAUGCUUUCCAGUCAUCAACAGUUUGUCGUACAUCGGCAACAAUCGCAUCCGAAGUUAGUUACCGUCAAAAACAACAACAAUACUAACGCUAAUAGCAGCACAAACAAUGUUAUCAACAAAGCUGGCCAACAAUCGGCUGCCGCUUCUCCUCAACAACAACAGCAAAAGUCAAAAUCAAAGAUAACAUCAAACACUGAUAAUCGUUGCCGAUAUUGUCCGCAAGUUUUUCCGAGAGAAAGUGCUCUACGGCUACACGAAUACAGCGACCACUUGGCCUGUAAGUACUGUGAACUGGUUUUCAAUACGAUAGCAGAGCUGCAAACCCACGAACAGCUGAAUCAUUUGGUCUGUUCGGUCUGCAAUCAGGUGUUCCGCAAAUAUCAUCAGCUGAUCAAACAUAAGACUACUUUCCAUCACAUUUGUCUGAUUUGUUCCCAAAUGUUUCUAUCGGCCACUGAACUCAAACAACACGAUCUAUCAGCUCAUUCAAGUUGUCCACAGUGUGGCAUAAAUUUUCUCAAUCGCGAUGUUAUGGCCAAACAUGUGCGCUCAUUUCACUCUACGCCAAAACCAACGGCACCGCCAACAGUGCCACCGCCAUCAUCACCACAACUAUCAGCAUCAUCACCGGUGAAUUUCAAGUGUGUGAUAUGUUAUAAAACUUUCCCGAAUAGCUCUGCACUAAUCAGUCACCACCAACAGCAUCCCAAGUGUCCGGAUUGUGGCCAACUGUAUCGUACAUCCUAUCAACUGAUGGCACACAAGAUGAGAUCGUGUCGGAAGGGAACAGUCAGCCGAUCGUGCGCCGACUGUCGUUUGGUGUGCGCUAAUGAACACUGCUAUGUUGGCCAUCGGCGCGACGUACACCACGACCAGUGCUAUUCGUGCGGCGAUUGCGAAUUCAUUUCACUGGCCACCGAUGAGCUAACUAAUCAUCGGGCAAUAGUUCACGGGAUCGAUCCUACUGCCAAAAUAACGGCGCCACCGCCGUCGGUAGCGGCCGCUGAGUCGACAGAGUCAGACGUAUCGUUAUUUGAUGUGUCCAUCAUUGUCUACCAGUGCUCAGUCUGUAAGCGUACGUUUGAAUCGGAUCGUCAACUAAACGAUCAUAUGGUCAACGAUCAUAAGAUUAAUUCUGUGAAAUACUUGUGCAAUAAGUGUCGGCGAUAUUUCGAUACAACCAAUCAACUGAUCCAACAUCAGGUUGUGUGCAGUGGACCACAAAAGCGAAACAACAACUUUCGUAGCCCUAAUUCAAGCAGCACUAGUAGUCGUAGUAGUAGUAACACUACGGCUGGUGCUGCUGCUGCUGCUAUCACUGAUGGUAGCGAUGAUCAACAAUUCAAGUGCCGUACGUGUCAAAUGAUAUUUUAUGACCAAAUAAUUCUUGAGACACACGAAAUAGUUGUUCACAAUACACAACAGACCUAUAGUAGUAGUAGUAAUACUGAUCCGACGACAUCCGAGACGACGACAACAACAACAACAACGAAACCGACAACCAGUUCAAAAAAUAAGCGAAAAAGUUCUCCACAAUUACUAUGCGAUAAGUGUCACAAACUGUGUGUUUCGGCACAAGAACUAAGCGAUCAUCAAAAACAAUGUCAUCCGUCGCCGACAGAUAAAGCCAUCGAUAUUCAUGACUUUACUACCGAUGCCGCCAAUCAUUCCGAUAUGUUAUCUAUUGAUGAAACAAUUCCAGCAAAUGAGUGUCAAUUAGAUUUAGAUGAUAUUCAAGAUCUACUAAAACCAGAAAUUAUUAAACAACAACAACAAAACAAUAUGAAAGUAAAACCUAAUCAGCGAUUGACUAACAACAACGAUAUGGACACUACUUGUUCCGACAAUACUAGACGACAUACCAAUCCAGUUGCCACUAAUGCGGACAAUAGUAGUGGUGGUGGUAGUAGUCAUCGUCGAGAUGAAGCGAUUAAUACAUUACGGACCGAACUCCAGAACUUUAAUCAAAUUAAAGUUAAACAAGAAGAAGAAGAAGAAUUGGUUAUCAAUAUUGAUGAUGAAGAAGAAGAAGAAGACGAGUAUAUCGAAGGAGUUUUGCCAUUAGAUCCAUGA